GCUGUCCAGUAACGACAGAUUUUAAGCUGUACAGAUGAAGAAGAUGGCGAUUGAGUAGAAACGAAAGGACUAAUCGCUAUGUUGCUCGAGACUCUCCGAAAAUGUCAGCGGGUGCGUGUCGGAUUCUCCAAAAGCAGUGUAUUUUCGGAGAAUCCGACACGGUGCGGCAAUAUUUUGGAGAGUUUGCGCAACAUUGACUAAUCCGGUUUAUGUUUCACUGUUAUCUUGCACUGGCGAAUUCAAUUUCCAUCAGCCAUUGUUUUCUGGUAAUAAUAGUUGAGAACGUGUUUUAGAUGUUUGCACUAUUCCUUCUAUGAGUGAUUUAGCCUUUCAGAGAUUUAUUUGGUUAUAAAAUAUACAUAACUUCUAAUACUUUUUAUAUCUAUUUGCAUAAUAUAGGCAUAAGAUGAGUUUAAAUGAAGUUACGGGGGUCAGUGAUGAUUUAUACAGUUGACCCCAACUUGUUUGGGACUGAGGCGUACUUGUUGUUUGUUUCUACUACUCUCUCCAACCUAACCCUGCUAGUUAAUAUCCAUGGAUCAGCUGGUUAAACUUUAUUUUCUAUUACGAGAAGAUUUUAGCUGAAAAUGAUCGAAUCUGGACAAUCCUUUGGGCGUAGACAUUCUUUUGUUGGUAAAUCUGAGAAAUCUGAACAGAACUUUUCAGUUUAGAUCUGCUCCUUUACCCUUUUUAAGCCUCUUAAUGUUAGUUCAAAUAUUAGCGAUAGUGCGAUACCAAGAUGGUUGACUGUGCAGCUCUGAGAGUUAGAUUUCAAUGUUCUAUACUUCAUCUACAGUUAGAUAUCAAUUUUGUUAUAUACUCUGUCUGCUUUCUCAGUUAUGAUGAUAGGUGUAAUUGGGUACUCGUGUUUGAUUUUUUUUCUAUCGAUAGCAUAUUCAUAUAUCUUAGCUGUAAAUAUAAUAUAAGUAAAAUAACUCUCCUUUUUGUCUAAGCAAAUCAGAACUGGAUGAGAUAGAAGUUUUUCCCAGUCGCGUACUUUCCUACUAAAGAAUCCAUUGUCUCCCCGCAUGUUGUGAUUUUUCAAACUUCUGAUGAACUUGGCUGACAUUUUAGUAGAAUUUGCAGUGAAGUGAAGAUUAUGUUCUGGGUGCAACUAAAUAUCUGCUAGAUCAAUCCUGGAAAAUUUGAAAAGCAUGGCCCAAACAUUAGAAGCGAUCAAGGUCGGUGGAGGUUCUGUUAAAGUGGGAACUACUGGUAAAGUCAGUGCCUUGAUGUCAAGAGAAUUAGAUUCCAAGAAACCUGAUUCUCAGACGCCAACGUCAUCCAAGAAUAAGUCUCCUAGUGUUUGUGGUUUCAUUCCUGGUAGCGCGACCAGUCCAAAGAGAAUGAAGCCAAGAACAUCAGGCGAUGAAGCAAGCAGCAGCGGGACAUCAAAACAUAAUAAUAGUAAAAGCCCUGAAUUUGUCAGGAAGACGAAACACUACAGUAGAAAAACACAUCAAGUUCCGAUACUAGAAUCAGAAAAUACUUCAGUUGAUGGAACUCCUAUUAGCCAGAAAACAGACAGAAAGGGACCUUACAUGGUAGAAAUUGUGGACAUAAAAUGCAGAAGUAUGGACAGAACUUGGGCAAAUCCUAUAAAAAAUAGCCUGAAGAAGCUUGGUUUCACAAAACUAUCUGAGAACGCGGUCUAAUUACGCAAAGCUUCAAAUAUCAGCCUUUAGAUUCCUGUAAGUGAAUCUUGAAAUUACAGUUGGUGGAUUACAUUCUGCAACUUCUACCAUUGAACACAUGCUCGGCAUCAGCUUACAACGCCGUCUUUUCUUUUUGGGAUUCGUAACCAACGAUCCAAGCUUUGGCCUAGAGUGACUGUUAGUAGAAGCCAGUUCUGAAACUUGACGCGGCUUCUGCGUGCUGUUGUGAUGGUUUAGUUGCAGCCUGCUGAAGUACUCAAUUUCUUGUAACACGAGGGAUCCAACGGUUCCUCUGCUACCUAUCUCAACGAGAGGAUUAUUCGCAGCCAUCUUCUCAACAACUGUAAAUCCUAAGCCAUUGGCUUUAUACUCAGAUUUUUGCAUGAUAUGAGAGAAAGUUAUGGUAUGAGGUUGGUGUUUUGCCUUGAUCUGAGAAUUGGUCAUUUUGGUUUUAGGCCUAAUUCACAUGACUUUGUUUACCUUAUAUGCUUUAUCUCAUAAAGUGAAACCUAUGGGCUUAAAUGAAGAUAAGGAGGCUCUCUGAUCACCU